CGGCGGCGGCAGCGGGCAGUGCAGCUCCCAGGCGAGGCAGCAGGACGGGAGCCCGAGCGAGCUGCAGCCAGGUUGUGAGACAUGGCGCCCACGGGUCUCCUGUCCGCCUGAGGUUCGGUGCUCCAGGCCCCGAGAGAGCUGACGCAGAUCCCAGGCUCCCGGCUUGAGCAGGCUGUCCAGCCCGUGUGCCCCCGUGGCUGUGCCGAGCUGCCCACUUGCUCUUGAUGAUGGGCAUCGGCAAGAACACCACAUCCAAGUCCAUGGAGGCUGGAAGCUCGACUGAAGGCAAAUAUGAGGACGAAGCAAAGCAUCCCACCUUCUUCACUCUUCCGGUGGUGAUCAACGGGGGUGCCACUUCCAGCGGCGAGCAGGACAAUGAAGACACCGAACUCAUGGCCAUCUACACCACGGAAAACGGCAUCGCCGAGAAGAGCUCGCUUGCCGAGACCCUGGACAGCACUGGCAGCCUGGACCCCCAGAGGUCAGACAUGAUCUACACCAUAGAAGAUGUUCCUCCCUGGUACCUGUGCAUAUUUUUGGGGUUGCAGCACUACCUGACAUGCUUCAGUGGCACCAUUGCCGUGCCCUUCCUGCUAGCAGAUGCCAUGUGUGUGGGUUAUGACCAGUGGGCCACCAGCCAGCUCAUCGGAACCAUCUUCUUCUGUGUGGGAAUCACGACUCUACUACAAACCACGUUUGGAUGCAGGUUACCCCUGUUUCAGGCCAGUGCUUUUGCAUUUUUGGCCCCUGCUCGAGCCAUCCUGUCUUUAGAUAAAUGGAAAUGUAACACCACAGAUGUUUCAGUUGUCAAUGGGACCGCAGAGCUGCUCCACACGGAACACAUCUGGUAUCCCCGGAUCCGAGAGAUCCAGGGGGCCAUCAUCAUGUCCUCACUGAUAGAAGUGUUCAUCGGCCUCCUUGGCCUGCCCGGGGCCUUGCUGCGCUACAUCGGCCCGCUGACCAUCACGCCCACGGUGGCCCUCAUCGGCCUCUCUGGCUUCCAGGCGGCUGGGGAGAGAGCGGGGAAGCACUGGGGCAUCGCCAUGCUGACCAUUUUCCUAGUACUGCUGUUUUCUCAAUAUGCCAGAAAUGUCAAGUUUCCCCUUCCGAUUUAUAAAUCCAAGAAAGGGUGGACAGCGUACAAGCUGCAGCUCUUCAAGAUGUUCCCUAUCAUCCUGGCCAUCCUCGUGUCCUGGCUGCUCUGCUUCAUCUUCACGGUCACGGAUGUCUUCCCUCCUGACAGCACCAAGUAUGGCUUCUACGCCCGCACCGAUGCCCGGCAGGGCGUGCUCCUGGUGGCCCCGUGGUUUAAGGUGCCGUACCCAUUUCAAUGGGGCCUGCCCACGGUCUCCGCAGCAGGUGUCAUCGGCAUGCUCAGCGCAGUGGUGGCCAGCAUCAUUGAGUCCAUCGGCGACUACUACGCCUGCGCCAGGCUCUCCUGUGCCCCCCCACCUCCCAUCCAUGCAAUCAACAGGGGGAUUUUCGUGGAGGGUCUCUCCUGUGUUCUCGAUGGCAUAUUUGGUACUGGGAAUGGCUCUACAUCAUCCAGUCCCAACAUUGGAGUUUUGGGAAUUACAAAGGUUGGCAGCCGCCGGGUGAUCCAGUACGGUGCGGCACUCAUGCUGGCCCUGGGCAUGGUUGGCAAGUUUAGUGCCCUCUUCGCAUCCUUGCCAGACCCUGUGCUAGGAGCCCUCUUCUGCACUCUGUUCGGGAUGAUCACAGCUGUUGGCCUCUCGAACCUGCAGUUUGUUGAUUUGAAUUCUUCCCGGAACCUGUUCGUGCUCGGCUUCUCCAUCUUCUUUGGGCUCGUGCUUCCCAGUUACCUACGACAAAACCCGCUUGUCACAGGGAUAACAGGAAUCGAUCAAGUGCUGAACGUCCUGCUCACCACCGCUAUGUUUGUGGGAGGCUGUGUGGCUUUCAUUUUGGACAACACCAUCCCAGGUACCCCAGAAGAAAGAGGGAUCCGCAAGUGGAAGAAAGGUGUGGGCAAGGGGAACAAGUCCCUGGAUGGCAUGGAAUCCUACAAUCUGCCAUUUGGCAUGAACAUUAUUAAGAAAUACAGAUGCUUCAGCUACUUACCCAUCAGCCCAACGUUCGUGGGCUACACAUGGAAAGCCUUCAGGAAGAGUGACAGCGGCCGGAGUUCAGAUGAAGACUCACGGGCCACGGUAUAGCCCUAGCUGCGCCCUGUGGCACAGCCACAGCAAGGCACGUCCCUGUAGUUUCCCUUGAUGAGUAACAAGAAGUAAAAUCUCUGUCUAUCUGCAUUUACAUUCUGCACCCCAGAGCUAAGCACCGUGCUUCUGCACAGUGGGUGUGUGCGUGUCCCAUAUGGUGUCUCAGCUGACUCCUUUCUUGAAGCCCUUGAAACCCUUUGAGUGUCCACUGCUGGCCAUGGUCACUGAACUAGAAGUUGCAGCCUAUUCUGUGGGUGUUUUGGAAUCUUGCAGCAGUUCCUUGCUUCAGUCCCCUCCACCAUCCAGCGCUGGCUUUUCCAAACUGCCCCCAGGUCCCAGAAACCUUCUCUCAGAACCACCUGGAUGGGCUUCCUUUGCACUCGAUGUCAGCUUGCACCUGUAGAGAUCCCCUUCUCUGGCCCUGUAUCCUCACAUCGUCACAGUGGAUCGGUCAGGCAGUGUUAUGGUCCCCGUAUACCUGUAAGCCGGAAGGAGGCUGAUGAUCUGAUGAGAAACAGUGACGUGGCUGCCCUCAGCCCAGACGUGGGCUAGGGUAGGGUCUGGACAAAUACUGAAUGCAGUUCUUUGGUGGGUAGCACGUGGUAGGGGACGGAUUGGAGGAGAAGGCAAAGAACCCAAAGUUCAUAGGGUUCUCAGUUGCCCUUUCUCUUCCCACCAACCCUGGCCCCUUUCAGUGGCUGAGACACCUUAACGGGGCAUUGUUCGCUGAUGGCUGCCGUGACGGGUUCUCAGGCCUCAGCAGAGGGCGCCGCUCAGAUGUGCGUCCGGCUUGGCUCUGCUGUGACAGGUGUUCCCGUCACGCGUGUCUCCCAUUACGAGGUCCUCUUCCUAUUUAAUGUUAUUGACUCUAGCAGAUUUUUGAGAUCAGUGUUUUCCCCCUUGACCCUCUCCCUUUGCCUCCCUGUUACGUGUCCCCUGCCCUCUUACCCCUGUUCAGAGAAGAACCAGCAUUUAUAAAGCUGUGGACACCAUCAGGGAAGCUUAUUGUAAUGGCUUUUGAAGGCCAGUAACCAUCGUUGUGGUUGUGUUUUGUAUUGCUUGAUACCAUGAAAGUGUAAAUACUGUAAUUGCCUAAUCUAUUUAUCAACACUGACUACUGGACCAGAGCCCAGACACCAUGGGUCAAGUUGCAUGUGAAUUUGUUUCAUGAAGAAGGGGAGGUGGGCCUGGCCGCUAUCCGAGCCGCUGGAUUGGAUCGUGCAUCAACCUGCUAACUUCAUUCCUCCACUUCCUCUGUCACUUCUGGCUCCAGAAGACUUUCUGUGGGUUGUCACGUGACCUUGGCCUUGCAGAGGGGGAGGUUAGAGCAAAUACUUCCCUCCUCUAAGCUGUUGGCCGUAGGCAGUACCAGUAAGAAAAGCAGCCCCAGGCUUUGCCUAUUAAAAGUGCUCUCAUCAGUAACACUAGAACUCCCAACUGACAGAAUGACUCUUAGGAAAACCUGAGUCCCGGAGUCGAGCCCUCACCUCAGGGACUCAUGCUUGUCCUGGCUGAGCUUCGGUCAGCAGCAGGGGCUUCCAGAGGCAGCGGCACAUCGACUACCCCCAGCCCUGCACAGUCACCACCUUGCCGCAUCUGUGGUUGUGUGGCUGUAGCCCCAGAUCCCCGGACAGCUCAGAGCCAUUACAUUGUUUUGCCAAAUCUGAAGUAAAGAACUUAGAUCUAAAUUGCAUUUCCUUUUGUAUGGGUCUUGUUUUAUAUAUAUAUAUAUAUAUCUAUGUAUGUGUGUUCAGUGCAGUAACUCCGGAAACACGCUGGGCAGCAGUUCCCACCCUCUUCACUUGGUUAGCCCUUGAUGCUUUCCUGCAUCGUCUGCCUGUAGUUUUCUGCUGUGUCCGGUGAUGAGGGAGCCUGCCCAAACGGCCCAAACACGGGUAAUGGACCAGCCUGCCAGAUGAGUGCAAGGAGCAGGUGUGUAAAGAAAACAGCAGAGACACAGAUCAUUCAGGCACAAGUUCCCCCAACUUGACCUCACCAGGGCCAUUUCCUGCCAGUGUGUGCCCGUUAGGCAGAUGCCCACUGCUGCUGAGACCCCUUGGGUUUGAGCUCUGCUCCUCGGGGGCAGGGGAGGAGCUCUGCAGUCACCCACACCUCCAACUGGAAUCGGGAAUCUGGCCUUCAGUUCCCAUCGGGGCUUACACGUAAGGUUCUGUCCAAGAAGGAACUGGGGAAAGGGCAGCCUUACAGUGCUGAGUCCAGUGCUUUUGCAAAGCCCCAAGUGAUUGGAAGCCACCUGCGCACCAGAUACACACAUGCAAGCCAUUUUAGGGUCUGCUGCUCCUGGUAGCAGGUGCAUCACAGGAAGUAGUCUUCUCAUCUCCUGCUUGGGUAAAGCACACACAGAAGUUGUUAAGGAGAAACACGAUGUCUUGUGUGGGCUACACUUCCUGUGCAUUGGUUGGCUUGCAUUGAGGGGUAUGUGCAACCACUGUAUUUUGCCGAUAGGGUAUUAUCAAAUAUUUGGGUUGCAAAUUCCCUCUUGGGGCAUUCUGCCCCAACGUUCGCAAUGAUCACCUCCCCUCCACCUGUACAGGUUACCUGCCUGAGCCCUAAAAGACAGUGUUUAUGCUGGCCAUGCUUACAUGCAAAGCAGCGCACGCUCGGAUGGAUGGGAGAGAUGGCCAUAUCCACAGAGCGGGUGGGAACGGGGGUUCUCCCCACUGACUCACAGACCAAUGGAAAAAGGCUCUUUGCUCUCCUUAAGGAGUGGAAAGAUUCAGAUCCAUGGAUGCAUGCACACAGCGAAUCUGUUUCCGGGAGGUUUCUAAUAUUUCUAAUGUUCUUGGUACGUGUCUUGAGAUUGACCACGGCAAGUCAAGAGGCCCAGUCAAGCCUUGCGGGAGGAAGCACCAUGGGUCUUGGAAAUUUCCCUUUUUCAUGAUAACAAAUUCACAUGCAGGAUUUGCUUUAUGCUGUAGAAUACUGACUUUCAUGACAACUUGGUUUAUGCAUGAAUAUUGCAGUAUUUCCAUAUAGUAAAAUAACAUUUCUACCCGGGAUAAUAGUCACAGUUUUCCAGGGAGGGAAUGGUAUAAUUUUCAUGACAAUGUCAUGUGAUGAUAGAAGUUCUCCAUUGACGAAUCUCUAGUAUGUGUGUAUACUUUAUUUACCCAUAUGUGUAUUUUACAACCAUGAGCAAAGUCGCUGUCUCUUUCAUUCGUGCCCCUGCUGAAAUAUUGAUACUAGUGACUUAGAGUUGAAGUUGGCAAGUCUCAUGCCACAUGAGUGGCCAGGCUAGACGGAAGAUGCAGAAAGACCUGGUGGCAGAAGCUCCUUUCAGAACCCUCGUGCCACAGGGAAGGGGCUGUGCAAGCUGUGUGCCCUGUGCACAUGACUGCAGGCCUGCUGCUGCCCCGAGGGCCCCCUCGCCUGGCCAUCACCGGUUGCCGGCUCUGUGCAUCCAACCCUGUCCCUGCUGUGUCUCCCAUACCUGGGUCUACACCGAGCUUCCUUCUCUGAGAAGACACAUGUUGGCUUCUGGAGGAGCAGGGAGUGGAGGCUGUGUGUUAUGUUCUGUCAUCUUGCAUAUUGAAUAUAGAGAAUGGGGCGUCUCCCACCCACCACCCCUCGUGUGGUCAGAACCUGGUAGUCCCAGGUGGUCCCCGUCCACCAGUAGAAGCAUCCAGCUCGUUAGUGGAACAGCUCCCCAAACAGGCCCAGCCCAUGGGUGGGAAGUUCUGGACCUUGCUGCCCUGGCACCCACUCCCAGCUUCCUUACAUUAGCCGUGCGUGUGUGGCCACUGACUACCUGUGCACAUCCUCUCUGGUGCGGGCCCCAUGGUCUGAGAGAGAGAGAGAGAGAGAGAGAGAGAGAGAGAGAGAGACGUACCUGCCUGUCUGAUUGUCCUGAACACGGCAGGGUUGACUCCAUCUGCCUCUAGUUUUGUGACUGACUUUGGCUGUGUCCCUUCCCAGGGUCCUGUUUGUUUGUUAUUUUUAUUUUGCAUACCGAGGGGGUAUUUGGGGUGGGGUUGUUUUUUGAGAUGUGUAAUUCUUUUAUGGAGUUUUUAAAAAGAAUUUUCAUAUUGUUUUUUCUAACAUGGCUUCAUUAAACGUUUAAGUAUUUUAAAAAUAUGUAAUAUUUGGACCAGAUGUUGUGAAUAAAUAGUAGAGAUAAAGCUAUUUUAUUCUGUAUUUUUAAAACUGUUCCGUACAAAUAAAAAGUUCUCCUGGAU